GAAUUCAAAGUUUCAUCCAUUUGGUAUGCCAAAAAUAGCGUAGUUGCUCGCACAUUGUUGUUUUUGCCCCACCACAACGAAACGUCAAACAUUGACAUUGAACUGAAAUCUACGCAUUUUUUGUGCAGCUUUGCCGCUGUCACAUCAAUUAGCAUCGUGUACGUGUUAGAGAUAGACGCUUCUCUACGCUUAGAAUCGAAUUUUGUUGUAUCGCGCAAAAAUAAAAUUGUUCGCUCGAUUUUCUGUCGCCAAAAAAAUCAGUUUGAGAAUAUUCAUCAUUGUUUUUAAUCGCAUAAAAAAUGUCAUCGCCGUUAAAUGUUUUGUGGAAAAAAGAAGAACAAUCAAAUUUGGGUUACAUCGAUAUUUUUGCUGUUGUUGGGCAUGAGGUGAAUUUAGCCGAACACGACAAGGCUGUUGAACAAAGUGGACCAAAUGGAAAGAACAAUGUGAAUGCUGCUGAACAUCAAGCAAAAGGUAAACAAUUAUUCGAGGACGGCGAUUACAUUGCGGCAAUACGCGAACUGAACAAUAGUUUGGCAUUGUACACCGCUGAUUCACCAGAGUUGGGAUCGGUAUACGCUGAACGCUCAAAAUGUUUUCUUCAAUUGGAUUUGCCUCAGAAGGCAUUGAUCGACAUUGAAUUGGCAAAAAAAUCGAGCUACACGCACGAACUAACUGCUCGCGAAGAUAAAUGCAAGUAUUUGUUGGAGGACGAGGAAUUCAAAGCGAAGCAAUUCACUGGUCAUGAACCAACGCUAAGCUUCAAUGAACACGAAACAUUCGCUGGUGUCGCUGGCUGUUUGGAAUUUCGCAAAAGCGACGAUUUUGGUUAUCAUGUCGUCACAACGCGUGAUCUCAAGAUUGGGCAAACAGUUCUGGUGGAGCCAUCGUUCGCAAUCACACCGGCUCUGUCAUCGGCCAGUCGUUACAGUCGAUGCGGCGGCUGUUACAAAGAGCUAGAGAACUUUGUGCCAAGCAAGAUAAGCAGUUUCUGUGUUUAUUGCAACGGAAAUUGCAUCAAAAAUUCAUUGCAUGAAGAAAUGUCGAUGUCAACACUCAAGGAAACGACUGAGUUGGUUGAACCAAUACUGCAGAAAAUCGUCAGUGCGUUCCCAGAUAUCGAUGUGUUGGUUAAGACGGUCGAAUCAUUACAAAAAGGGGAAGAUGUGACUGAUUUGACAAGCACCGUUCAGAAGCAGGCCUGUUCAUUGUUUCGUCUCAUCAACAAACACGAAAUAUCGACCGAUCAACAGUUUAAACUGCGUCCAGCCGCUGAUACAUUCGUCACGGUCAUGAAGAAGCCGCAUUUUGGGCGAAUCUUCAACACAGAAGAACGACAACGUUUUCUGAAGCACUUGAUUCUGCACUUGCAUAACGUUACGGAAUACGCCAUCGAUUUAUAUGAACUGCAGCAAGAAGACAUCGAUGAGCCCAUCAGAGGACACACAUUCGUGCAUUAUGCGACUGCAAUCUAUCCGUUUGGGGGCUACAUUAAGCACUCUUGUGUUCCGAACGUCAUUUGGUUCUCCGUCGACGACCGUUUGAUCGCCAAAGUGAUUCGGCCCAUCGAAAAAGGCGAACAAAUCCUUCGAUCGUAUCACCCAGGCACCCAUUCAUUCCAAUUGGACAACGACUUGGAAGAGAAACACGUUGAGAUCCGAUACAAGUUCAAAUGCAAUUGCUGUCGCUGUUUGGACGAUGAACCGUCAUCACCACCAACCAAGCUCCACGUGGAUCAAGAUCCACUUUGGGUCGAAGUAGCAGCAGUGAUUGAUAUGACGGUCAAAGAUUUUUGGGCAUUAUCGUCGCAAGCGAUUGAGCAAUACGAAAAGAAGGCCAUCGAAUUGGUAGCAAAGUACAACAGUGUCUAUCCGAAUCAUGAUGUAUUGUUCAUGCGCGACAACUUAAUGCUCAUCUGGAUUUUACUCGCACAGACUCAGAAGUCUCGUUAAAUUUUGUUUCAUUCAUUUUGCAUUAGAUCAUUGGCAUUUUAUCAGAUUUUAUAGCCGAGACAGUGCAUUAGUUCUCUUUGAUUUUAUUCAUAAAUUCGAAAUGGAAUAUUGAUUUCUUCUUAAACAACUAACAGAGAUUUGCUAAUAUUUUUCUAAUAUAUUCGUGUAGAUUUUUCUUGCCCAGAGGCAGUAAAAUCACAAGAGCCUUACCUUAUCAUACACAUUUUAAUUUGAUUACAGCCAUUUUUAAUUAAUUGUAAAUUCAAUUUCUUCUCUUUAAAUUUUGAUUCUUUUCAUCGAUAAAUAAAAUAAAUAGUGUUCAUACUUUGAAA